AAAAACAGUAUAAAAAAUCGAGAAUUAUGAGAUCAAUUUGCAGACCACAAGGUGUAUACUAUUUUUCAAUCACUUGUUGUUGCAGAGACAUAUUAUUGGGUAAAUCAUCAGUUAGGGUUUCAACCCGAAACCCUAAUUUAAACCCUAAACCUGGGGUGGUGCAAUCAUGGUAUUAUAAUUCGAGAAGAAAUGACACGUGGGAUAAUAAUAAGCAAAGGAAAAUGAUGACUACUUGUGCUUAUAAUUGGAAUGAUUCCAAAUCUCCUUAUGAAACUCUCGAACUUGAAAGGGAUGCAGAUGAAGAACAAAUAAAGGUGGCAUAUAGACGUUUGGCGAAGUUUUACCAUCCAGAUGUUUAUAAUGGCAGAGGGACUCUCGAGGAAGGAGAAACUGCUGAAGCUCGAUUCAUUAAGAUUCAAGCUGCUUACGAGCUGCUUAUAGAUGAAGAAGAACGGAGAAAAUAUGAUAGUGACAAUCGAGUGAACCCCAUGAAGGCAUCCGAAGCAUGGGUGGAGUGGCUUAUUAAAAAGCGAAAAGCAUUUGACCAGCGGGGUGAUAUGGCCAUUGCUGCAUGGGCUGAACAGCAGCAGCUAGAAUUAAAUCUGAAGGCUCGCCGUCUUGCUCGUUCAAAGAUGGAUCCCGAAGAAGAAAGGAGAAUUAUUGCUAAAGAGAGAAAAGCUUCUGUGGAGAAUUUUAAUAACACAUUGAAGCGGCAUACACUUGUCCUAAGGAAAAGAGACAUAAUGCGGAGAAAAGCAGAGGAAGAAAAGAAAAAGGUCAUUAGUAGGCUUCUUGCUGCUGAAGGUCUGGAACUUGCGGAGGAUGAUGAUGAAAAUCGAUAGGAAAUUCAUCGAACGUUGGUUCUCCUCGAUUCACCUGAUGAAGAAAUGCAGUAUUUUGGAAAGUUGUUUUGAGGCUGAAGCAGUGUAUUGUGCAAUAGAGGAGGACGAAAAAGUUGUAUAUAUGAUAUCUCCCAAUAGUAUCU